AUGAGCUCUGUUCUGAAGAAAGUCAAUUUGAAAUAUUCAUGCCAAUAUCAUGAGGUUAUAAAAGCUGCAGAAAAUUGGGGUAUUAAAGUGAAAUCUCUGCUUGCUGUGAACCAAUGGUUGAGCGACGUUGAAAAACGAAUGAAAGCAAGUCAAACGCUACGAGAAACUCCUCGCGUGAGACGACUCAAGGGAACGUUCAUAAAAGUUGAAGAGUUUCAUGGGUAGGCAAUUAACGAAAUCUGGUAUAAAACGUCAUGUAACAUAUCAUGUACACCAAAAAUUUAAAGCGCCGAGUUUGACCAUAGCCUAUCGAAGGGAAGAUGGCUGUGAAACUCAUUAGAAUAACAAUAUAACUCAUUAUCUAUGUUAGUCAACGUUUAUUCAUAAACCUGGUCGUUUCACCGUCACGUGUGUAUUGUAUUUUUACCAAAUCUACCAAUAACAAUUUCCAGUUUCCCUAUUGUUCGAGUCACGGAUAGGUGACUUUCCUAAAACAUUGCUAUUGGUUAGUUGGGCAAGAAUACAAUACACACGUGACGGUGAAGGACCAGAUUUAUGAAUAAACGUUGACCGUCACUUGACCAACAUAGAUAAUGAGUUAUACUGUUAUUCUAAUGAGUUUCACAGCCAUCUUCCCUUCGAUAGGCUAUGGUUUGACAAAUCCAUUUAAAAAACUCAUUAAUAAUUCAUAAGGAAAAGAUAAACGAAAUCACUACCGUGUCGGUGUGUUUUAGUAUAUGUGAUAAAUAAUCAUGUCAGUGAUUUACAUAAACUUUAGCUUUGACUUUCCUACGAGUUUACAAGAACUGAGUCAAUUAAAGGAUAAAUUCAUGUUCUAGGAAAUAUAGACCUCUGGUAAAGGAAUUGGAUGAGUGGCCAAAACUUCAUAUUGAUUCCAGGGCGUGUCCAUUUGACCAAACUAACCAGAAGCCCUCUAAGAUCAAACGUAACGAAAAGAAUUUAAAACGAAAGCUCAAACAGUCAG